AUGGGUGGGGAAGUUGUUCGGGAAGGUGAUGUUUCGAGUGGUUCGUUGACCAAGAAGACGCCAGGGCCCCGAAGCUGGAUAAGAUUGGAUUCCUCUGGUCAAGAAAUGGAAAUGGAGGCAGAUAAGUAUGUUAUCAUGAAUCGGGUUCAAAUCCAUGCUCGCGAUUUCCGAAUCAUUGAUCCCUUUCUGUCUUACCCCUCCAAAAUUCUGUCUCGUGAAAGAGCCAUUAUUCUCAAUUUAGAGCACAUCAAGGCUAUUAUUACAGCUGAAGAGGUUUUGGUUCUGAAUCCACAGGAAGACAAUGUUCUUCCUGUUGUGGAAGCAUUUAGAAAGAGGCUGCCUUUACCAAAUGAUGGAGAUUCAUUCCCUCAGUACGACGUUCAAACUGAAGAAGAAACUGAAAAUCCAUUUGAACUUAGGGCCCUGGAGAUAGCGUUAGAUGCCAUAUGUAGUCACCUAGAAGACCGCUGUACAGGAUUGGAGCAUGCUGUCUACGAGGCUUUAGAUAUGCUGACGUUGAAGAUCACUCAUCAUAACAUGGACAUACUUCGCAAGCUAAAGAGUGUAAUGACUAGGUUAACAUCUCGCGUGCAAAAGGUCAGGGAUGAGCUUCACCAUCUGUUGGAUGAUGAUAAUGAGCUAGCUACCUUUUACUUGUCCAGAAAGAAGGUCGAUAGAUAUUCACUUUUAGCAGGGUAUCAUGAUAUCCAGGGACUUGAAAUGUUACUUGAGGCUUACUUCAUUCAAGUUGAUGGCACAUCAAAAAAAUUAGCAGCGCUUCGUGAGUACGUUGACAGUACUGAGGACUACUUAAACCUUCAGCUUGACAACCGGCGAAAUCAGCUCUAUCAGCUGGAUAUGUUUAUCAGUGCUGGAAUCCUAGCAUUAUCAAUUUAUGCUGGUAUAACUGGAUUCUUCGGUAUGAACUUCAAUUUUACUUGGGCUAGGGACGGUUAUGGAUACACGUUCAAAUGGGUUGUCAUAGUUUCAGGAAUCAUAACUCUUGCGAUCUUUACAUCAACCAUCGAAUAUGCUCGUCAGAAAGGAUUAUUUGGAGCAUGGACUAAUUCAUGA